AUAUAGUCGUCAAAUACCCAUGUAAACUUAUUGUGCCGAGUGUUUCUAUAUAGUGGACUUAUAUAAGUAAAAUGCGCGAUUUUAUACCUGUACCAGUUUUUUAUAUACCCUGGACUGUAAAAACACUCUUAUUUAUAACCGGGUGCACGAAAAUUAAACAUAAAAAGUUACAAUUAACCAUAAUUUCGAUAAUUACCCUCGCUUACGCUUCGGUGUUCACUUUAACCAUAAUAACGGCGAUAAACUUAUCGAAUUUUUCAAUGAUAACUGAAUCAGUAUGCAUGAUAUUGAUUUUUAUGUCACCACUUGGCAUAGCAUUGAUUACGAUCGCACAUGAAAGUGUUUUAUUUCGCACCUUAGAGCGAAUUGAAAAUGAAAAAGAUGCGCGAAUUAUCAAAACGACUAAUAAACGUUUAAUAAAAUUACUCAUAUUGAUAAUCGAGUUAAUAAUUCUUUGGGAAAUACCUUACCUAGCAUGUGGUUUGACAGUGGCUGUAAUUUCUGAUGUAAAAUUGGGUACAAUGGAGUCGCUGUAUUUUCCCAUGUAUAUUCCUUGGCGUUAUGAUACCAUAAUGAGAUACGGUUUUGCUAUUUUGUUUGAAUGUUUCGUAGUCCUAUACCCAUUUCUGGUGGAAUAUGCUAUGAUAUUCACAUUAGGUAGUUUUUACAUCUAUAUCGAUGCAAAACUAGCAAAUUUAUUGGUUUCUUUGAAUGAAAUUACAUUACGUGAGCAUCUAACGUAUUCCAAUUUGGUUCGCGUGAUUGAUAAGUAUCAGAAUUGGAAAAGCACUUCGAAAGAAUUGCUUUCAUACAUAGCUGAUUGUUCUACUGUGACAUUAUUUUGUAUAACUUUGACUUCAGUUUUGAGCAUAGCUAAUUUGACAGAGUCCGAAGUUCCAAUUCCUUUGAAAAUCAAAAAUAUCUCAGCGCUGUUGUACUUGUUCGGUCACUUAUUCAUGUUUUCACUUCUGGGAGAAUAUCUGAAAAAUACGGAUGAUGAAAUUAGAAAUGCAAUUUACGAUAUUUCAUGGCACACAGGAUCGACAGAAUUGAGAAAAAUAGUCACAAUUUUCAUGAUGCAGACUCAAACGCCAAUGACGAUAAAAGCUUACGGGAUGAUUUCAGUGAACCAAAGUUUGAUCUUGAGCAUUUUAAGCAAUAUAUACUCAGUAUUGAAUUUAUAUCGUAAGACUUAUAGAAAUGAAUGAACAUUAAAAAAUUAUUUUAUCCUUUUGUGAAGCAAAACAUCGUUGCAGCGAAAUUAACAUUUCUGUUGAAAAUUUACUUCUCUGUACUGUAAUUGUAUCCAUUUUGUGUGAUUCAUAAUUUUUUACAAACAAUGCGAAAAAUAUAUUAUGUUCCGAAAAA